AUGGCGUGCAGUCCUCAUAAUGCGGUAAGAGCUAUGCAUCAGUGUGCGUACGACAAUUUUGACAAGAUUCACGAUCGCAAUAUGGGCAUUAUGGCGCGGGACACCAUUCUCUCGUCAUUCUACGUGGAUGAUUUCCUUGGCAGUUGCAGCACCGUCGAAGGUGCUAUCACUUUGGCAUCCAAUAUCGAUAACAUAUUGACAGCUGGAUGUUUUAAGCUGCGGAAGUGGAAUUCAAAUAGCGCCACUGUCUUAACUCAGAUGGGUAGAGACUCAUCGCCUACAGAAUACAGUAUUGAUGCAGCCUUGACCUCAGUUUUGGGUCUGCUCUGGAGUCCGGUCGACGACAACUUGCUAUUCAAUGUGGAACUUAAGCAGCCCGACGGCAUAUGCACCAAGCGCAGUGUACUCAGCGAGGUGGCGAAGCUGUUUGACCCAACGGGAUUCUUGUCACCGGUCGCGGUUGUCGGUUCAAACUCUUUGGUCCGCAGGUAUUGA